AUGGAGCAAGAUCAGAUUCAAAUACCUCGCAUCACGCACGGGAGAAGCUAUCCGUGGUACUACGUUCUGUAUCUUCAGAUUGGCUCGUGGGUCAUGCGACAACUGGUACAUCAAUUGUCCGGAAAUGGUCGCAGAUUUUCUCAGCGGAUCACAGUUGCAUCACCAGGCUUAGGGCAUGGCAGUGUCGCUUGUUCCGUGUGUCUUCCACGAGGUGACUACCAGGAGCCGCUGCCGGUCGUCAUCGUAAUGGAAGGCGGCGGUUUCGUCCUUGGCGAACCGAAUGACGGCGAACAACAGUCGCGCAUGAUUAGUGACCAGGCAAAGGCUGUUGUCAUAUCAGUCGACUACGCCAAAGCGCCUCGGUUCCCAUAUCCACACGCACUUCUCCAAGUCUACGAGGUUCUACGGUGGGCCCUAAGCCCCGAAGCGAAGAAGAAGUUAGGUGCAGACAUCGACCCAACACGAGUUGCGGUCAUGGGUAACUCGGCCGGUGGAAAUCUGGCAGCAUCGCUUUCCUUGCUUUGCGCAUUCACUUCGGGGCCUUGCGCCGUGUUCCGCCAAGGGUUACCGGCGACAUUUCGGCAGGUCGCACAGAUCUUAUUGUAUCCUAGCGUUGCAUUGAAUGAUCGCUACGGAGCCCGAUACAUGAGCUCGGAACGGAGAGUGCAGGAACUCAGUUUGCCUGUCUGGGUUGCGGAGAUGAUGGAGGCAGCCUAUCUCCCACCAUACAUCAACAAGGAGCAGAUCUUCAUUGCUCCACUUAGUGCUGAGGCGGACCUGCUACGAUCCAUCGCACCGCAAUUACCACCCACUUUAUUUGCGCUUGCUGGUCUGGAUUGUCUAAAACUGGAGGCGCACGCGUAUGCCGAGAAACUGAGCGACGCUGACGUGCACGUAACUGUAAAGGAGUUUGAGGGGGCAAACCACGGGUUCACUCACUACAAGCCGGGCAACAAAGGCUACCAGAAGAAUAACGUUGAGGAGGCAUGGGAGCUGGUUUCGGGGUUCCUCAUCAAGGGUUUUCGCCGGUAG